AUGUCCCUCCUGUACGACUGGAGGGUAUCCAGCCUCGUUAGCGAGUCGCAGACGGUCUUGACCAAUGUCGCGUUGAUAGAUUUGUUGAGAAAGAAGAAGGAUCAAUCCAUAUGGAAAGACACGCUCCUGAUACCCGCAUACGCCGCCGGACUCUCGAUAGUCGUGUUCCUCCUCCAGCUCUUGUUCGCGACACGACCGUUCAAGAAGAUACGUGCUCGUCUGUGGUCCGCGAAACCCGCCGCUGCCACCGAUGAAUUGCCUUUGGCGACGCAGGCUGGAUGGGUCUCGGAGCUCAAGGUGCAUAUACGCCGCCACGGUGGCGCCCUCGUCUUCGGAUACAAACUUGCUCGCCUGCUCGCCUCCCUCGCGCUGUGGGGUCUCGCGAUAGCAACUCUUAUCCUCGACGAGCAAGGUCGCGUGAAGGGCAACGUGGCGGACGCGCUGAAGAAUGGCAAGAAGAAGCACAAACAUCGCAAGGAUGAGUCUCAGGUGCUGUUCACUGAUCCGGAGUGGAUCCAGUUAGCUCUUUGCCUGACCUUCGCGUACACCUCGCUCUUAUCCGUCAUCUCUGUCUCCGCGAGGCCGAAAUGGAGUACUCCGGCGACACACCACCUGAUAUUCGUCCUCGCCACCGCGUUCGCCGUCUACGCCUUCCGCGACAUCUGGCCUCUGAUGACUUUUACCCUCACGCCGGCGGACAUCAGCGAGGGUGGGCUGCUCUGGGCCAAGAUUGCUGCUGUUACCAUCGCUGGCGUCUUCGUUCCCCUCUUCAUCCCCCGCAUAUACGUGCCCGUGGACCCACAGCAUCCCAUGGACGUACCUGCCCCAGAACAAACCGCUUCUUGGGCGUCGCUGGCGGUGUACGCGUUCCUGGAUCCCACAGUCAGCCUGGCGUAUCGGGUACCUCAUCUCGCUUACGAGCAACUGCCGCCGCUCGCGGACUACGACGAAGCCCAAAACCUUGUCAAGCGUAGUUUCCCGGAACUCGAUCCGUUCUCGGGAGGCAAACGGCGAUACCUGUUCUGGGGUCUCAUGAGCGUUUUCCGCGCGGAGUACAUAUGUUUGUCUGUCGUAAUCGUCUUCCGAGUCUUCAUCGGCUUCGCCUCCCCCAUCGGCAUCAACCGUCUCCUCAACUACAUCGAACACCGCGGUGAAGAUGCCCUCGUCCGACCCUGGGUUUGGAUCUCCUGGCUAUUCAUUGGUCCCGUAUUUGGCUCCAUCCUGACUCAAGCGUAUAUCUUCGUCGCCACGCGCAUGCUCGUCCGCACGGAAGGCAUCAUCACCCAGUUGGUAUUCGAGCACGCCCUUCGUACCCGUAUGAAGGCCGAGGUCGCCGAGUCGUCGGACUCUCCGUCGACUUCAAAGGCUCCGUCCGUGGCAGACACGGAGUCCAACGAGGGAUCUAUCGACGGCACUGAAAGUGGCGACGAGACCCUCCAGGGCAGCAGUACAGGUGACAGGAACGCCUCGCAAUCGUCCAGCAAGAACGCAAAUGCGAAGGGCAAGGGCAAGACGCCGUCCAUUGCGGAAAGCACGAAGAGCACGGACAGCAAGACGCACGCGGAUGGGAGCUCGAAAGCUGACAACCUCGUUGGCCGGAUCAACAACUUGAUUACGACUGAUCUCAACAACAUCGUGGACGGUCGUGACUUCUUGAUGUUGGUUCUUUGGGCUCCGCUUGAGUUCGUUCUAUGCUUGUAUGUGCUCUACCAGUUACUCGGAUGGAGUACCUUUGUUGGUUUGGCGGUCAUGAUCUUGCUGUUCCCGAUUCCCGGGUACUUCGCGAACCGCAUCCAGACUGUACAAGUCGAGAGGAUGAAGAAGACGGAUGCACGUGUUCAGCUGGCUACCGAGACCAUGAACGUACUUCGUAUGAUCAAGCUGUUCGGCUGGGAACGCAAAGUCGAAGGUCAAAUCGCGGAGAAACGAGAGGAUGAGUUGAAAUGGCUUUGGAAGCGGCGUCUACUUGACCUGCUCAACAACAACGUCAACUACGUUAUUCCGCUUGCCCACAUGAUCGCUACCUACGUGACAUUCACGCUGGUCAUGAAACGCGACCUUACCGCCUCAAUCGUCUUCUCUUCCAUGGCCCUCUUCGAUGUUCUCCGCGGACAACUGUUCCAACUUUUCGGUUUCACCCCUCUUAUCAUCCAAGGCAAGUAUUGCUCGUCGAAUAUUGAGAUCGUGAUUGAUGCUGACAACGCAACGACGAUAGCCAAGGUCUCGUUGGACCGUGUAGAUGACUUUUUGCGCAAUACUGAGCUUCUCGAUAACUUCACGAACGUCGAGAAGGAGAACUCGGUGGAGAUCAUCACUCGCACUACGCCAGCCGACGAGACGAUCAUCGGGUUCAAUGACGCUGCUUUUACUUGGUCGGCAGACGAGAGCUCCGGCAGCAUGACACCGUCGAAGCGCAACUUCCGGCUGCGUAUCCCAGACGAACUGAUCUUUCACCGCGGCGGCAUCAACCUCAUCAUCGGUCCUACCGGAUCUGGCAAAACAAGUUUGCUCAUGGCUUUGCUCGGUGAACUGCAUUUCAUACCCUCUGGACCCAGGUCUUGGUUCAACCUCCCCCGCUUGGGAGGUGUAGCCUACGCAGCGCAGGAGUCCUGGGUGCAGAACGAGACGAUCAAAGAUAACAUCCUCUUCGGAGCGCCUUAUGAUGAACAGCGCUACAAGAAAGUCAUUUACCAAUGCGGCCUGAAGCGUGACCUGAGCUUGUUCGAUGCUGGUGAUCAGACCGAAGUCGGAGAGAAGGGACUGACACUAAGUGGUGGCCAAAAGGCUAGGAUCACUCUCGCUCGAGCAGUGUACUCCUCUGCCGACAUAUUACUGUUAGAUGAUGUUCUUGCUGCUCUCGAUGUGCAUACGAGUAAAUGGAUCGUGGACAAAUGCUUCAAAGGCGACCUGAUCCGUGGGCGCACCGUCUUGCUGGUGACCCACAACGUAGCUAUGGCUUCCCCAAUCGCGGAUUUCGUUGUUUCUCUGGGAUCGGACGGCCGUAUCUUGAGUCAAGGCACCGUUUCCGACGCUCUCGCGAAGGAUAAGGCCCUCAAGGCGGAAGUGGUCGAGGAAGCCAAGGCCUUGGAGAAAGUCGAGGACGAAGUAGAUCCAGAGGAAGAUCUUGAUGUUGCCGUGGAGAAGAAGGAUGGUAAACUUGUACUUGCCGAGGAAAUCGCGGAAGGUCAUGUUGGCUGGCCAGCGCUCAAGCUUUAUGCAUCCAGUCUUGGAGGGGAAUGGGCAACCUUGUUCUGGGUCUGCCUGCUCUUAGCCUUCUUCGUCUGCGAGCUUGGAAACGUCCUUCAAACUUGGUUCCUUGGUUACUGGGCUCGACAGUAUGAAGUUCCCAACGCUCACGUGAACGUGCUUUACUAUCUGGCCGUCUACUCGGGGCUUCUCGUGUUCGCGAUCAUCUGCUACGUGAUUGGUUUCACCUUCUACACGUUUGGCCAGUUGAGGGCCUCUAGGACCAUCCAUAGGAAAUUGAUCGAAUCUAUUCUGGGCACCACCCUCAGAUGGCUCGAUAAGACCCCGACUUCGCGAGUCAUUGCAAGGUGCACGCAGGAUAUUAGAGCUAUUGAUGGCCCCGUCUCGGAUUACCUUGCAGCCGUGCUUGAGAUGUCUAUCCAGAUGUUCACGAAGUUGGUCGCGGUGAUCCUAUUCACUCCCAUUUUCAUCAUUCCCGGUGUCGCAAUCGCGGCUCUUGGUGCCUGGUGCGGUCAGAUAUACAUCAAGGCCCAAUUAUCCGUCAAGCGUGAAAUGAGCAACGCGCGUGCCCCAGUUUUGGGUCAUUUCGGCGCCGCUAUCGCCGGUCUAACGUCCAUUAGGGCUUACGGUGCCCAAAUUCCCUUCAAGAGAGAGUCAAUGCAGCGUAUUGACCGCUACACUCGAGCUGCUCGGACUUUCUACAACCUGAACAGAUGGAUUUGCGUUCGUAUCGAUGUUUUGGGAGGUCUGUUCUCUGCAGGUCUCGCGGCAUAUCUGCUGUACGUUCAGGGGAUGCGUGACGCUUCAAACACGGGUUUCUCCUUGACUAUGGCUGUGGCCUUCAGUAGCAUGAUCCUAUGGUGGGUUAGGUGCCUCAACGAAUUUGAGGUUGCUGGCAACAGCUUGGAGCGCGUUCAGGAUUACAUUAUGGUUGAACAAGAACCGAAGCCUACGGAAGGCGGAGUUCCUCCCGCAUACUGGCCAGCCAGUGGAGAUCUCCGUGUAGAGAAUUUAUCGGCCCGUUACUCGCCGGACGGACCUCAGGUCCUUCAUGAUAUCAAUUUCCAUAUCAAAUCAGGUGAACGCGUGGGUGUUGUGGGGAGGACUGGAAGUGGAAAGAGCUCUCUGACCUUGGCCCUCCUACGCUGCAUCCUCACUGAGGGAACCGUAUACUACGACGGCAUUCCGACCGAUUCGCUCAACCUGGAUGCUUUGAGAUCUAACAUCACAAUUAUCCCGCAAGUACCGGAACUUCUGAGCGGCACUCUCAGAGCCAAUCUCGAUCCCUUCUCGGAACACGACGACGCCACUCUCAACGACGCAUUACGAGCCGCGGGCUUGUUCUCUUUGCAAAGCGAGUCCGAGGAUAACCGUCUGACGCUGGACAGCACCAUUUCAAGCGGUGGCAGCAACUUAUCGGUCGGUCAGCGGCAGAUAAUUGCCCUGGCGCGCGCCAUUGUCAGGGAGAGCAAACUGCUGAUUCUAGAUGAAGCUACUUCUGCGAUUGAUUACGAGACGGAUACGAUCAUUCAAACGUCCUUGCGCAGUCAGCUGAAGGAUGACGUAACUGUAAUCACAGUAGCGCAUCGUCUGCAGACCAUCAUGGAUGCAGACAAAAUCAUGGUUCUUGACGCAGGGAAGCUGGUUGAGUUCGAUAGCCCUGCGGAGCUCCUUAAAAACGAGAAAGGCUUGCUCCGAUCGUUGGUGGACGAGAGCGGCGACAAGGCGGCUCUGUACAAGAUGGCCAAAGAGAGGGCGAACGCGCGGAAGUAACGUCCGCUGCAUGGACCGCAGAUAUAUCAAUAGCACACGUUGUAUUUACUUCGUUGCCAAAGCAUC